CGCCCACAGACUCAUCAAGGGUGCAUAUUGGAACGCGCUGCUCUAGUAAACCCAUUACACGUCCAAAACUACACUCCAGCCUCUUACAGCUUCAAUCAUGUCGGGCAUGCAGGAUCUCCUCGAGGGGCGCAUCGACUUCCACGGUCAAAAGACCGCAGACGACGCAGUUCGGUGGGCGCUCCUCGGUAGCACGGCGCUCUCGUUCGUGCUCGGGUUCGCGAUGCAGAGUCUCAAGGUUACGUUUGGCACGCUUGGGCUGGCGGUCGUCGGGCUGUGUUUGGUCGUCUUGCCGCCCUGGCCUAUGUUCAACCAGCACCCUGUGCAGUGGGCUCCGACGCAGGAAGAUAAGAAGACGCAGUAGUAGGUUCUUGUCGGAGUCGACGACGUAUUCUUGGAGCUGCUGCACCAUUGGCUACAGAUGUGGAUCCGGUGGGCUCCGUGAUGUCGACGGUGUUUUGGGCAUCGGGUGAAGCAGGAGACGCGAGCGAGGAUCACUGAUGUCAUACACGAUGAGUUACUGGACAGGCUU